GAACAUUUGUUCGGGACGGGGAGCUGCCCCGUUAUGUCGCCUGUCUGCGUGAGUGUGCGUGUCGUAACACUUUGUUCUAGUCAUUAAAUCGGAUUUAGACCGUCGCUGAGAACCCAUCGUUUUCAGCCGGGAAGCUAACGGGUGUGUUCGGGGUUGCAUUCGCUGGCAGUUUUUCGAAGUUAAAAGCCAUUUUGCGCGAAGGGAGGAAGAAGACUCACUGGGCUCGUUUGGCGAGCACUGCAUACUCACUCGGUCCGGAUCGGCGCGCUCGACAUCACAGCUGCGGGCUGUUUACUGAUGGGUACAUACUGCGGGGCGGCACGCAAGGAGCCCAGCAAAGCGUUGACACGGGACUGGAACUGUGAAAGAAUGAAGACGAGCCAGUUGUCUUGGUCUCCGUUAUAAAAAAGCUACUAACUGUAUAGAACAUCCCCCACCUUCGUCCCUCCAAAAGAAGCGAUCCCUUUCAACAUGAGCGUAGAAGGAUAUCAGUACAGAGCGCUUUAUGAAUACAAGAAGGAGAGGGAGGAAGACAUUGACCUCCAUGUGGGGGACACCCUGCUGGUGAGCAAGGGAGCCCUGGUGGCUCUGGGCUACGGCGACGGCCUGGAGCAGCAGCCGCAGAAGAUCGGCUGGCUGCCGGGCUUUAACGAGACCACGCAGGAAAAAGGGGACUUCCCCGGGACUUACGUCGAAUACGUCGGCAAGAAAUGGAUCUCUCCUCCGACGCCCAAGCCGAGGCCCCUCAGACCCUUACCUGUGGCUCCGGGCUCCUUCAAGGCGGAGGGCGACUCUGACUCAGAUCAAGGGGUCUGUUUAGUGGACUUGACGGAGCAGUUUUUCCUCCCCGAGACCGCGCCACCUUUGCUAACCAGACUGCUGGAAGCUAUUGAGAGGAAAGGCGUGGACAACCCGACUCUGUAUCGAACGUUCACUGCUGGAGGUGGGCUAGAAGUCAGACAGUAUUAUGAUUGCGAUCCUCCUGCUGCAGACCUGGACCAGCUGGAGCUGUCGGCGCUGUGCGACGGCCUGCGUCGGUACCUGCAGGAUCUCCCCCAGCCCGUCGUCCCGCCUGCCAUCCAUGCUCAGCUGGUCCACACGGCCAAAGAGGUGGUGAACCCCGAGGAAUGCGCCCAGCUGCUGCGCCGCAUCGUCUGCUCUUCCAGCCUGCCUCCCCAGUACUGGCUCACCCUCCAGUGUCUGCUCAGGCACUUCUCUAGAGUGUGCCAGAACGGCUCCAAGAACCUGCUCACUGCCAGAUCGCUGGGCGAGAUCUUCAGCCCCGUGUUCUUCAGACAGCAACCCACCAGUUGUGAACCCAGUCUGGAUGCUUUCAUCAAGAUCAUCGAGGUUCUGGUGACCAGCGAGUGGAGCGAAAGUCAAGCCGCUCCAGCUCUACCUCCAAAACCACCCAAGCCCACACCUGUGACUAACAACGGUAUGAACAACAACAUGGCUCUCCAGGACGCCGAAUGGUACUGGGGGGACAUCUCUCGGGAGGAAGUCAAUGAGAAACUGAGGGACACUGCGGACGGUACGUUUCUGGUGCGGGACGCCUCGACUAAAAUGCACGGCGACUACACUCUGACUCUGAGGAAAGGGGGCAACAACAAGCUCAUUAAGAUAUUCCACCGAGACGGGAAGUACGGCUUCUCGGACCCGCUGACCUUCAGCUCCGUGGUGGAGCUCAUCAACCACUAUCGGAACGAGUCGCUGGCUCAGUACAACCCCAAGCUAGACGUCAAGCUGCUGUACCCGGUCUCCAAACACCAGCAGGACCAGGUGGUGAAGGAGGACAACAUUGAAGCCGUGGGGAGGAAGCUUUGUGAAUACCACCAGCAGUACCAGGAGAAGAACAAGGAGUACGACCGUCUGUACGAAGAGUACACCAGGACGUCGCAGGAAAUCCAAAUGAAGCGCACAGCGAUAGAAGCCUUUAACGAAACUAUAAAGAUAUUCGAGGAGCAAUGUCAGACACAAGAGCGGUACAGCAAAGAGUAUAUUGAGAAAUUCAGGAGAGAGGGCAACGAGAAGGAGAUCCAGAGAAUCAUGGGGAAUUACGAGAAGUUGAAAUCGAGGAUUAGCGAAAUCGUCGACAGCAAGCGCAGGUUGGAGGAAGACCUGAAGAAGCAGGCGGCCGACUACCGGGAGAUCGACAAGAGGAUGAACAGCAUCAAACCCGACCUCAUCCAGCUCCGCAAGACCAGAGACCAGUACCUCAUGUGGUUGACGCAAAAAGGAGUCAGACAGAAGAAGCUCAACGAGUGGCUGGGAAUCAAGAACGAGAACACAGAAGAUCAAUACUCUAUGGUUGACGACGACGAAGACCUCCCGCAUCACGACGAGCGGAGCUGGAGGCUGGGCAACAUCAACCGGCUUCAGGCCGAGGCUCUGCUCCAAGGGAAGAGAGACGGAACAUUCCUGGUGCGGGACAGCAGCAAAGCCGGGUGCUACGCCUGCAGCGUUGUGGUGGACGGCGAGGUGAAGCACUGCGUCAUCAACAAGACCCCCUCAGGCUACGGCUUUGCAGAGCCGUAUAACCUGUACGGCUCCCUGAAAGAACUCGUACUUCACUACCAGCACACGUCCCUGGUCCAGCACAACGACUCGCUGAAUGUGACGCUAGCGUACCCGGUUUACUCCCAGCAGAGACGGUGAGGACGCCGACGUUUUUCGGCACGGACAGGAACAUUUACCAGUCUCCCAGGAGACGCGCCGUGGACUCCCAUGAUCGGAUCGCCUAGGCGCCGACGCCCGGCUCAAACUAUGAAAGCGGAGGGAAAAGGACACAAGAAAGCCUGAAACAUUUCAGAGACUUUGCCGUAAAGCGGAGAGAGGCGAGUCUGAAUGUAGAUCUGUUUAUUUUUGCUUUUUUUUUUGUGGGAGCACAGAAACUAGCGGAAACUGCUGGACUCUCCAAGAGGAGGACGAUCGAGGCCUUUUCCUUAUGGUGCUUGUUUGUUUUGGAAGCUUUACCAGCCGGAGAGUCAAACCACGACAGAUAAACUCUGGAAACAGAACCGCACUCAACGGCCACGACAACUUUUUUUUUUUUUUUGUUCGUUCGGGGUUUUUUUUUCCCCCCACUCGCAUCAUCAUGCAUUUCUUUUUCUUUCUUUCUUCCUCUACGUGUGUGUUUGAACGUGGACUGUCCAUGUGACCAAAACUCAUAGAAUCGGGAGUCCGUGUGACGUUGGACGGCUGCGGCACAUUAGCUUGUGUUAUCUGUUCGGCGACGGAUCACGGAUCAGCUGAAAAUGUAGCAAAAUGGCACUUUUUUUUUUCUUUUCUUUUUUUUUUUUUUUACUCAUGUAAUUGUUUUGUAUCGUUUGAAAAAGAAAAAAAAACCUCCUAUGAACUUAUAAGAGCAGAGCAGAGACAGAAAAAAAGCCUGUGUUCUGCCUUGGUGUUGAGCAUUAGAGUGCAGAAGCAAACUUGAUCUUAACUAAGAAUGGACUUACUAUUUCAUGUACAUAUGUGAAAUCGUGCGAAGUCAUGAAACAAAGUGCACCGUACCAAAAAGGAUCAGUUCCUGUUUAGUUCUAGUCUGAUCAGCUAUGCAAUUCUUUCUCCAUUUGUACUUAAAGAAUUGUUUAACUGUUGCAACCCACAAUAUAAGCUUGUUUUAUCGCUUGAAAAAAAAAAGUAUUUUUUUUUUUUUUCCUGUGUAAAUAUCCAAGAGGAUAUUUUUUUGUUUCAAAAUGCCAAGCUACCGUACAAGACGCUUCUGAUUUUUAAAGGUAAUAAUAGAAACGUACACUUUAUUGUAAAUGACUUUAACAGCUGGUAUACAGACGGAGAAGAAGAGUAUUUUAUUAGUCUUUUUUUGAUUUAUUUUCGCUUCAAACUAAAGUUCCUCUCAGGCAGAGCCUUUUGAGCUGCUUCAGUGAAGAGUACAGAGCGAAGCCCGUUUGGCGCGCCGCCCCUCUGGUUUGGGGGGAGCACUCGGAGAGCGGGGGGGCUGGUUGGGAUUGUACGACCCAUAUCACCACCAAAACAGCAGUAGAGAUUUAUUUUGUUAUAUAAAUAGAUAUGUUCCCAUAUGAGAAUAGAAGAUCAACUUACAUUUUACACUUUGUAUAUUUUUCUGUAUCAGAAAAUGUUUACAUGGGUGGAUCAGCUCAUUUCAGAAACUGAUUUUUAUUUUUUUUUUUCAUAUUUCAAGGGGCGCCGUGCGAAAGUGGUGGGGGGGGGAAGGGAGGGGGGUCCUUAACUGAUGAAACUAAAGUGGCGAAAACUCAACUACAGUUUCCUUCCUCAGCUUUAAAGUUUCUUCGUGAGUAAAAUGGUACAGACGCGAGCCCAAAUGACGAGUCGGAACGCUUGAUGUGAGUGACGUGUCUGCGAAGCUGCAGCCGUAACAUGCAUGCACGCACGUCCUAACCGGCUGCAGCGGACGCUGGGGGGGAAUCUGUGGAUCCCUAAAGGCAGAGCUCUUUUAACUACGGUACCCGCAGCUCAAUUCAAUGUUCUACGGACGCACUUGACCAAGCUGCUCUUCCGAAAUGUCAUUUUUUUUAGCACAUUCUGGGUUUUAUCACAUUUAUAAAAGUAAUAAAACAUCUGUAAUAUUGGACAUUUACUACAAGUCUAAUUUUAUUUACCCCACAUCAGCUGCUGGCACAAACUUUUUAUUUUUUUUAUUUUAUUCCUUAAGAUCACAGACAAACGUGCACCUUCUCUGCCUCAGUGCCAGGUUGUAUGAUUGGUUUCAGUUUUUUUUUUUUUUUUUUGUGUCCCGCACAUGAUGAUCGGAUUGAGAUUUGCCAGUGUUCCUCAGUUUGGCUUUGAAUCUGUAUUGGGCUUUGUUUAAAAACAUCAAAUAAAACACUUCUUUCUGUAAAGAAA